AUGCCAAAAAGGAAAAAGAAUCCGACGAACGAAAGUUUAAAAAAGAUGAAUAACGGCGAUCGGAGCCAUAAUAACUCGUUUAACAUGAAGAGUUUGAGCUCUGAAGAAAGUUUGGCGAAGAAAGACGAUGAAGAUGAUCAACGCCAGGUAAGCCGACCAGAUUUCCCGGGACCAUGACAUAGACAAUGAUACUCUUUGAUUGACUAUAAUUCAUUUGUAGGAAUCGGGAAAUGAAAGAAUGGAAAUGCUUCGUUUAUAAAUGGAAGUGUACUUUGCGCUUAGUACUACCCACUUCUAAGUGGAAAAAAAAAAUACAAAGACAAGUAGGGAAAUGAAACAAGGUAGGGUUGACAGCUCAAAGUUAAAAUGGGAGGCAAACAAGUUGGCUAUUUACAAGAGAGCACCAAGAGAAAAGAAGAAACCUCUCUUGCUAUGUAGCAAGUUUAACCUCUCGCCCAAUCAUAUACCCCAUACUCUCCAAGGAAGGGCAUGAAACCGUGAGUAAAGGCCGCUGAAAUUAAUUACACGUGAUACACUGAGGCUGUAUUCACACUAUACAGGAUAAUUUUUGCGCCUUCUCGAAAACCAUACCGUAUAGGCUUCUGUUCACAUAUAAUAACAUUAACAGUGAUUUCGACGCCAUUUCGGAGCGAAGCUGCGGUAGCGCCGAUCUCGAAAGUGGAGAGUGGCAUAUCGGAUAGGAGUUCAUACUAUACCGAAUUGAAUCAUUUCUCAUUAAUUAAAAGCACGGUUACAUUUUUGCAGACAGCCCCAUCUUUUGAGGCUUCGGCCUGUUGAAUAAAGUUAUUGUAGGUUUGAAACAGGAACUUCGGCCUGGUGCAGGAACGAAUCCUUACUAUGGAUGCUACAUUUGCGUGAUCUGAUUGAAAUUUACAUUCUGGGCCCGCAUUAAAUAGUUAACAUAGGAAGUGUUAGCUAAGUGUUGAGGACAUUUCAAACUCUGAAAAGACCUUUUUGAAAAGAAUGGGAUUAACAUACGUCAACAUCAGCAAACAUCACAUCAAUCGAAUCAUGCAAGUUAAAGAUAUUUGAUUGAUUUUCUUGGUACUUUACACCGGACAAUGAGCAAAAAUUGCUCAGAAAAAUGUAUUCAAGUUCUGCUCAAGGACUUCUGCUAUUUGACAGAGAAUGUAUGAAUGUAUCGCAGAAUUACAAGGUCAUCGUUUGCAAAGUUACUAAGAAUGCAAAUCCAAAGUAACUGCAACUGACAGGAGCAUUUAAAAUACACUUCGCGAAGAGAUCACAGUUACCAGAACUAAGUCAUCCGGGAUUUUAGUUUUCUCAAUAUUUAUCGCCAUUUAGCUUAAGUAUUACUAAUCAAACUGUUUUAAGAUCAUAGACGAUAAGUUUGCUUUCUAAACGUUGAAUUAACUUGCAGAAAGCCCCUAAAUCACAGCAACUCCAUCAGGCUGCCAUGUCCGGUGAUGAAGCAACUGUGGAGGCAUUGAUUUCCAAAGGAGUGGGUGAGUGAUUUGAUCCUCUCUUCCAGCGAGAAGGUAUAAGCAAGACUACAUGAUUAACGAGAACAAUGGUUUAAUCCUUAGAGAAAAAUGAAGAAAUAUAUCGCACUGAUAUGAUCUAGAUGGGGCUAGGAUGCUGUUAAGUAGUGGACUACAGCAGCCAGAGAUUAUUUUUAAACGUAUGCGAAAUGAAAAGCCAUAUGAAAGUUCACAUAUUUUCAGAUCGUAACCCCUAACUACGUUAUCAAAAACUACUCGGGAGGUUUUAGGGCCCCAGAGCUGCAGACCAUCAGGUGGGAAGGGGCCCAAGGCGUUUUAACCAUCUGGGAUCCAAAUACAUGUAGAGGGUUCCAGAAUCCUCAAAUUAUGCUGAUGCUCUUAUAUAAUUUAAAUUGUAAAGAUCUGGGCUCCAGUCUCCACCAUUGGGUGAAUGUGUCUAACUCUCUAUGCUUUUGCAAUGUUGUUUGAAUAAAACCGAUCUCAAAAGCGAACGAAGAAGCUUUUUAUUUUAUUUUAAGUCUGUGGACGAAAUCAUGUUAUGCAAUCAUUCGCAUGAAACCUCUUCAGCAGCACUUCUACAUGGUACUUGUUUUGUACUUAGUUCUAGCUUUUGAGUACAUAGACAAAAUCCUGCGGUCAGGGGAGAAACCUCCGUUGCAUCUUUCACAUAGCACUUUUUGUUAUUCAGCAUCUCAAUUGGCCAUUUGUCGGAAGGAAGAUUAACAAAGUCUUGCAAAUAAAACAUACCGUAAAUCCUCUAUUAAGCCCCCCCCCCCCCCCCCCUUAAUAACCGCCCCCCUUUUUUUCAGGGGAAGAAAGUUAAUGAGCGCACCUCUCUUUUAAUUAUUCCUCAUUAAUAAAUGAUAGACUGUAUUAAUCAUUCACGACUGUAAAACGUCGUGUCGUCUGAUCUGGGACGGUUUAUUCACCAACUAGAAGUUCGGAUUUGUUUUUGAUCCUCUGCUGCAUGACCUCAACAUUCUUGUACUUGAGCUUGUCCACUUUGUAUCAUAGUUCUUUAUGGAGAACGUAUACCAUUGUGUUUGCUAAAUUUAAUAAUCCCCCCUCUCAAAUAUCCCCCGUCUCUAUUAAGCCACCGUCAAAUGUGCUUGUAAUAAAUAAGCCCCCCGGGAAGGGGCUUAAUAGAGGAUUUACUGUGCGUUCGUGCCCUUCAUCGCAGAUAUUGGUGUCACAGAUGGGUUUGGUCGUACACCUUUACACAAUGCAAUUCUUGGAAAGCAGCUGGGAAUAAUAGAGAUGCUCCUCAAGAAGGGUGCAGAUGUCCAAGCUCAAGAUGAGAGGAAGGACACGCCACUACACACAGCUGUGAGAGUAGGCGACGAAAGAAUACUGCAGGUAUAGAUUACCGAUGACACGAGUAAGAUCAUGCUUAAAGAUACCUCCACAAUAUCGAUCAUUUCUUCCCCAAUACUAUCUUGAUUUCGGCCUUUGUGCUCCACGUUGGGGCUAAGCGUGUGGGCAAUCCACCCUCACUGAGAAAACAGAGUGGCGCCACUGUAAGCUAAUGAGGAACGCGGUAAACUAUUUGCCUGUGGAUUCCGGAAUCGGGAAUCGGGAAUCUAGAAUUCAAGACUAUCUUGGAUUACCUUACAUGGGGCGAACGCCCACCUACCCCUCCCCUAAGCCAACAUUAACACUUACUUCUCACUUAGGGCAAAAUGUUAGCUGAGGGGAGGGGUAGGUGGGCAGAUUCCCAGAAACGCAUAAUGGAGUCCCGAACAGAUCAUUUGGGAAGCAGGAAACUACCUUUCUGCUAGGAAAAACAGCUAAAACUGCAAGUUGAUUGAUUAGUUUUUGCUUUUCCGCCAUCGUUUGUGUCAUUAGGCGCUGCUGCGAAACUCACAAUGUGACGUUAACUCCGCUGGCCGCGCUUUUGUGACUCCCCUUCACCUGGCAGCUGGAAUGGAUCGAGUUAACGUCUGCAAGAUGCUGGUAAGUAUGAUGAUGGUAACGGUAACGAUAGAAGUCCAUCAAAAAAUUGUAAACGCUCACUGUGCAGUUGUGGAAUUGCACUGACUCGAGUUGCAAAUGCGCGUGGAAGGAUGUUAAGCACUGCAAACGGGUAAGGAUGGAAAGAGGCCGACACGAGCGCACGGGCUUGGGCCAAGGUAAAUGGCUAGUUGACCAAUCAGAACGCGCGAUUUACUUUGCUUAUGUUAUAAUUACAGUGUUCAUGACGAUGAUUAUGGUGAUGAGUGUGACAAAAUGGUAGCAAUGAUGAGUCACGUCCAUUAUACUUCCCUCCAUUCCUUCUUUUAAGUGAUAAAUAUUUUGUUUUUAAUAACGCUUUUAUAGCCAUUGAAUGUUUUUAUUCAUGAUUUAGAUUGAACAUCGUGCAAGGGUUGACAUGAUGGAUGAAGACCAGAUGACACCCUUGGGUCACGCAGUAGAAAGAGGGGCCAAAGACGCUGUGGAGUACUUCUUUCACUACAGUAAACAAAACAUUUUCUCUUAUUACUUCAAAGAAUAAAAUCGUUUAAUGUACAUUGGAUGUAACUCUAAAUUAGAAACCUAUUGUCAACAAAGAUGUGAUUUGGUCAACAUCGUUUGCUUUCAGUCAAAACUCAGCAGCUGAACUUGGAGUCGUUUCUUUACAAAGCUGAUAUGGAUGGGUCGUCUCUUUUACAUAUGGCUGUAGACAGUGGCAACCUGAAGGUUAGCUAGUGAUAAAUUUCUCCAUAUUUAUACAAUAUUGAUUAUAACAUGCCCCGGGGAAUACUUGCGCGAAUUUAAUCUGGUCUUUUAGCAACAUGUAAAACUAGCGGUCACCUUCCUAGCAGAUGUAAAUGAUAACAACGUGCUCGACCCAAGGAAAUUUUUUUAAAAAAGACAUAAGAAACCUGUUUGACAGCCUAACAGGCGCUACCUAUUCACCAUUUAUCUUUGGCUUAAAAAACACACUAUUGUUUCCGUUGUCGGUUACCAUGAUAACGAUCAUGACGAUCAUGACGAUGAUGAUGAUGAUGAUUAUGAAUGAUCAGUAGGAGGAAGACGACGACUUUGACACGGAUCAUAUCCAUUGGUCUGGCCGUUGACUCUUUUCAUAAAGUUGACAUUUCUAUUCUUUUACAGAUUGUUGAACUGUGUUUGGAAAGUGGUGCAAGAGCAAGAUAUCCAAAGGUUGGUUUAUAAACUUAAUUGUAGGAUGUAAUAUGGUCUAACGCUAGCAUAGCGUUGAGUUUGUUGAUACGGGUCUGAUAAUUGGCCUUUAUUAUACACUAAAGAAAUAACAUAUAGGGGUCGUGCUAAUGAAAUAAGACAUUUUCAUGCGAGGAUACGCCAUUUUUAUUUGCAGGCCUCCGACAAAAGCACAGCGUUUCAUUUGGCAUGUGGACAAGGUUCUCUUGAGACCGUAAAACUUUUGGCCAAUCAUGACCCUUCCAUAUGUCGAAUAAUGCUGAUUGAUUUUGAAGGGCAGACUCCUCUUCACAAAGCUGCCGCAAGUGACCACGUGCAUGUCGUCGAAUAUCUUCUAGAUCAGGUAAAAGUGGUUAAAUUUCAACACGUCAUAAUUAUGGUUUCUCGUUUAGUCACCUGAUUCCUUCUGUAGGCUUUCGUUGAGUUUCGAUCCAACUUAGCGACAUAAAUUCAUACAUGCCACACAGUUUUAAUUAGAUUUCAAAGGAUAUGAUCAGAAAAGAUUAGGUAUGGAAAACGUUGCAAGCAAAAACCUGUCUUGCAAUAACCAUCUGUUGAAGAUUACUAUCUUCUAGAGCCAAUUUCAUUUGGCAAUUUAUCCUUCAUAUCACAUAGGGUGCCGCCGUGGAUCCCCCUGAUCGAGACCGCUGUACCCCCCUGUUCAAAGCAGCAGAGAAGGGAGGCGUUGAGACCAUUCAAUUGUUACUCGAGCGAGGUGCUGACGUCACGGUAAAAAGCGUGCAGCAAAAAUCAGUUCUUCAUGCCGCUGUUUCUCAUCCUGGUGCGAUGGAGAUACUUCUAAAGGUGCGUUCCAUUACAUAAUUUACAAAUCACGUGGUUAACUGAUAUAGAACGUUUUCACUCACGUGACCAGCAUCUAUGCAAAUUUAUUGGAACAAAAAAAACAUUUGCAUAAGUAAAGAGUUCAACUCCCAGAGGGAUGGUUUGGGACAACAACAUGGCCGCCGUUUCAUUGUUUUGGGACACCAAUAUGGCCGCCGUGACGUCAUGUGAAAAUGCUCUAUACAAAUUUUCAAAGAAAAGAAACUUUCUACUCAUAAGAAAAAAGCUCAGUAGGCCGUUUCCAAGUUCCAAAAUCUCUCGCUAUUCAAACGAGGCUAAGUGCAAAACCUUUCUUGGAAAAUUAGUUUUAUCUGCAUGGGAAUAAGAAAUUCUUUUUCAUAUCAAUAGCUUCCUACUUAGCCUCUCUUUAAAACAAAGGUUUAAGAGCAACUCGGAAAUUGCCUUGUGCUUUGCCAUUCGAUAGAAGAUGGCCAAAAUGGUAGCGUGACUAUAAAGAUCUAUUUCCGUCCAUUAAUUUUGCUUUAUAUAUCCUUUCUGUACUCGUUGUCUCCUUAGAAGGCCUUAUAACAAGAUUUUGUCUCAGCAACUUUUUUUAAGGAAUUGGAGAAGUUCCACAAUUUAUAACUCGCAUAGAAGCAUCCCUCCUUUAUAUUACUCCCUUGCAAUAACAUUGUUCUUUUUGGUUUUAUGUUUUGGAAUAUAAAGGAACCAUCAUCAGCAUAUCUUAUAACUGACAAAGAUCACAGGAGCUUUACACCGGUACAUUAUGCCGCUGGGAAAGGACAAGCCAAGGUAAGAGUAGUGACAGAAGAAUAUUUCGAAAGAUCAACUUAACUCAUCAACUCAGGAUCAGCUCAGUAGGUCGUCAGUUAUUUUCUUGGGGCCGGACCAAUACUGGGGGUCUUAAAAUAACUGAAAAAAAGAAGGUACUACCUUUGCCCUGCGUGCAAAGAGUUAGACCUUCGCGUGCCUAGGAUGACGACGCAAAAUAGGGGCCCUGUAUAAACAGUGUCCUCAAAUACAACGACACGAAAAAAAAGUGCAUCUUAGCGAUUUUGUCCCUACACAAAUGAUUUUAUUUUGAUACAUCUGCUGAAUUAAGCACUGAUCACUACUCACAAUAAGACUAAUAUGAUGAUAAUCCAUCAAAUGAACAGCUUAUUCUUAAAAAGCCUAUAUGCACGAAAAUUAACCUGAAUUAACUUCGAUUACCGACACUGAAGCGGAUAUUCCGAAAAUGCUACUACUCCGGCUAGACUUUGUUUCCCAUCGGCUAGAACUUUAAAAGAACAAUUAAUCGGAGCCAUGAAAUAUGACUUAAAACUAAAAGAGUAAACUACUUAUCAAAAGAACAAUAUGAUGAAUGUGUAGUUAAACUAUGAGUUGUUGCAAAAUGUUUGGCAGCGACAUUCACUACUGCAGAUAUUGUUGGGUCAUGAACUGGUCCAAACACGCAUGCCCAUAAAUGAUAUAAUUUAUACAUCAAUGACAUGUAUUAAUUACACCCUAAUGUACAACUUUUUUUUAACCUUCCGCAUCUUCUUCAAUUUUUCAGAACAUUUCCCUUCUGAUGGAGACAAAUAAAGCUGCAGCUGGUGUCACAUCAAACGAGCUUGACACACCCCUACACAUUGCAGCCAAGUAAGAUUUAACAAUCGUUUAGUAUAAUAACGAACAUUGUACAAAUAGUAACGGGAAAAUUUUACUUUUGUACGGCCGGUUAUGAUUAGUAUGAAAACAAUUAGUAGGGCGAGUCUAGUUGAAUUUCAAAAGAAACACUCACUCUCGUGUUUGAUAAAAUACAUCUCAUUAUUCGACAAGCAGAUGAAACUCCUCGUGUUUAAUUUGUACUUCUCAAACUCGUUAAUGAUUCAUAAAGAAAUACAAAGAAAAUUAAUGCUUAAUGAGUGUUUGGAAAUCAGAUGAAAAACUGCUACUUUUUGAAUCCUUAAUUUUUCCGGCUAAAAUCGUAUUGUUUGAGAAGUAAUAUCAAGUAUUCGACACAGUGUUUUAUCUCCAGAUGAAACAUCUCUAAGUUCGUCAAAAAUACUCAGCUGCGCGUCGUAUUUUCAACUCUCUUCUCGGUGUUUCAUCUGGUGAUGAAACACUGCAUCUCAUGGUCGAUAUGUUACUUGGUUACUUGAAAGUAAAAUUAAAAAACAUCAUUUACUUGUUUCAUUCUAACACAAUAGGACUUUUUGUCUACCGUUCUCUUGUUCUGUUUCAGAUUCGGUUGGUUGGCAAUAGUUGAGAGUCUUUUGGUUGGUCGAAACAUUCGCAUGAUAAACUUACAAAACAAUAAAGGAAUGACUCCGCUUCACCUUGCUUGCUGCAAUGGUCAUGAUCAAGUUGUGGUAUUCCUUCUUUCGCAAGGUGCUACAGUAGAAAAGUAAGUACACUGGUAGACGUGUUCCACAGAACAGAGACAAUUACUGAAAACUGCUCGAGAAGGGAACAGGAGCCGAAAUGUGUCCCGCAAUUGCUUCUGGGAACGUUACAAAUGACGUGCCGCUCAGCUAUUGGCCAAUUUUUCCCCUGUCCCUAAUAACAGUCCCAGAAGUCUUUGCGAAUGUAAACUCGUCCCAGUUUCCCUCUCGGUUCUAAAGUGGCGAUUUGUCGAUACAUUUCGGAAUAAAAUAGGAAAUUGAGAACAGUUUUUAAAGUAAAGUAAGCAUACUUUGUAACAGUUUAAAUUUUGUGAUGAUCAGAUUUAAACUCCUCUUGAUUUCAGAGAUCAGCAUGAAAAGACGCCGUUACAUCAAUUUUGUGAUGAUCAGAUUUAAACUCCUCUUGAUUUCAGAGAUCAGCAUGAAAAAACGCCGUUACAUCUGGCGGCCACUCGAGGAUCCAAGAGAUGUGUGGUGUCUAUUUUGGAAAAGCACCCUGACUGCCUAAACGCUGUCGACGAAAACAAGGUUAACUAUCUUCAAUUUGUCUCUUCAAUUCAACGAUGAAACCUCGAGAAGUGUUUCUCUGAUUUUUUAGGCUUGAGACAAAAUUCCUAGACCCAAGAGCAGUACUUUUCAACUUCCCUUUGUACUGCUUAUUAUGCUGCACAAGGUGGCUCUGACUUUUGAGUCUGAUCUGUGGAUGAAUUAUUGCAAUGCAACUAGUCAAAUGAAAGCUGCCAAGUAGCACCUUCCUCUGGUUCAGUUUUUUAUAUUGUGCAAAGCUAAGGUAGCUCUAACUUUUAAGUGCGUCCAAAAAAUGCUAUCUAUCAUGAAACCAAUUUUAAAUGCAUCCUCCUUGGUACUUUUUUUCUCAUGGCACUACUUGUUCAGUGUAGUUUUUCAAAGCGAAAUUUUACAUUUGAAAUUGAAAAAAUACUUUUCAGUGUCUUAUGCGUUAUUCCCAUUUUUCUCUCAGUUAAGAGGCUAAAGUAAUUACUCAAGGGGUUAAUAAACCUUUUGUUCCUUACAGAACACAGCAUUGAACCUGGCGUCAUUUGAAGGACAUGAUGAAAUUGUUGUUUAUCUGAUGUCACAAGAAGAUCAAGAAAUCUUAAUGAACUCAUACAAUCAAAACCUCUUGGACAUCGCCCUGAACGAAGAAAAGCGUAACGUUGCUAUGGCAAUUGCUGAACAUCCCAGGUAAAUAAGAUGCAAGCAUGCUAGUUUGCAAAGCAAGCGUAUUUUGCAGUGCGAUCAAACUGACCGACAGUUUGUUACAGGGAAAUCUCAGACCGCGGCCUAGAUGUAUUGACCGAGCGAUAGCGUAAUGAGCGAACGGACGUCAAGUUAAGUUAUUUAUUACAUGGUGUUUUUUUAUGGACCUGAGCCUGUGAUCAAUUAACCAAUAACUGAUCAGCGGAUAACUUUAAAAAACACGUUACCUCAAUGAGUCGUACACUUCAGCCCGCCAUGAAGUCAUGACACUGGCCAGCGGAUGUACUUUUUGAUAGCUGUCGAUCAAUGGACUAUAACAUGGAUUUCCCUAAGGAUGUCCACUAUCAAGUUAAACACAGAUUGUAUUUGCUUUAGACACCUAGCCAGUAAUGCCUGGUCAAUACAGGAAAAUAAUGCUCGCUUAGCAUCCAAUCGGAGCGUGCGUACUAUUGUAGCCAUAUACACUGUAAUAAUAUUGAUGAUUUAGCUGCCUGGAGUUAAUUGCACCUUCGUUUUCUUUGUUUGUUUGUACUUUUAAGGUGGAGAGAGAUCUUGUCCUCGUCGGCUCCAGGCUCCCUCUUAAUGAUGCAAUCGCUGGUUAUAAAAAUGCCGGACGUUGCAGAGGUAAAACGUCAUUUUUAUCAAAUAGCGGCAUCUUGCUCCCCGCGGAAAUGCAUUAUUUAUGUUUUAAGAGACUCAAGAUAUAUAACAAUAUAACAAUAAAAAAUUUGUGUUCCUUUAGCGCAUUUUAGAUCAAUGUGUUGUGGAAGAAGGUGACGAAAUGAAACCAGAAUACAAGGUGCGUCAACAAAUCUUUUUUUCUUCCCUACUAAUAGUUCUAUUCAACAACUCGACCAAGUAUGGAGAGGUACGAGACGACUUCGUUAGACUCAUAUAUCAAAGUGGGCUGUUUUAAUUUCAUUGCACAAUAUUUUUAUAUGUUUUUUUCUCGAAGGUUAAGAAAGAUUUGACAGUCGUUCAAGCAAAAUACGUUCCGAAUCCGGAGAAGGACCAGCUAACAGUAUUAAAGGUAACUAAAUAUGACCAGACCUCAUUGAACAAGCUAAGGGAUUAAAUUUAGGCAACUAUCAUGACCAGUUACUCAAGCACAUGGCUUUGGUCUAUUUACGUACGCCAAUUCCCUUUUUUUUUAAGUUCUUUUGUUGAUUUGACUUAUUUCUCUGGCAUUGAGGUUUGGUCCUUAAAAACCUCAGUAGUAAUUUAUGCAAGAAAUAUGCCUAAACCAAUUUUUUUUCUUUACUUGAUAUUUUUCAGACGAUGGUCAAAUAUCGCCGUGCCAACUGUCUGACUCACGAAGUCGUCUUCACCUUGAUGCAUUUAAAAUGGUGAGUGAUGAAGACACAGUCUUUAUAAUUCCCUUUAAAAAAGGUCCAAGGCUGAUGUAUUUCUAAUUUUUGUGUCGGUAUGGACUAAACCAGUUACGCACUCAAGAGUGCUUUCCUGUGGUACAAUUUAUUGAAUGUGGUAUACGAAACCAUGCAAGGUGGAUCUGGCUUUUGUGUCUGCGGAAGAAAUCAUCUGUAGUGUGACCAUUCAAAUAAAAGCUACUGAGAAGUGCUCCAUUUUUUCUGUGGGCAUUAUUAUCCCCAGCAAUUCCCUUUUUUACCUGCUCGUCUAUUACUUUCUUUUUUUUCAUAUCACUGACUUGCGUAUUCAGUUAACAGCAGCCAUGAAUACCCGCCUUUCUUCUUGCCUUUGUUCAGCACUAAACUAGGUCCCAGCUAUUAGUGUAUUUAUAAAAAGCAUAAAGCAUUGGUACCGAAUGUAUUUAAAAUCGUUAAAACAAUUGUUUUGCAGGAAAAAAUUUGGUUUUACAUCUCUUAUGUUCAACCUUCUCCUCUAUCUCUGUUAUCUGGUACCGCUGACCGCUUUGGCGCUAUAUUCACGAGACAAAGAGAAAGAAUAUUGUGCCUCGAACGACUCCGACACAAGAAAAGUAAGUAGCAGUGUAAUUUACUGCAAAGGAGAUUUCUUGCACCUACCAUCUUGAUUAUACAGUGUAGCUACACACCUAUAGACAAGACAGACACCUGUGUAAGAGCGAAUUUCCACUGUCGCGUAAAGUUUGGGUGCGUCUAGCCUUGUAAAUAAAAUAGAGGGUUGCAAUGUAUCAGGUCGCGUGUAAGCGUUAAAGUUCGCUCAACUUUUACGUUUGCGAGCGACACUUCAUACGUAAGCUCUAUUUUAUAUACACGCGUAUGAAUUACGUGCGUACGCAAGUAAACAUUGCGCGACAGUGGCAAUUCACCACACACUGAGAUGUUUGCUACGAUAUUAAUCUGUGAAUUUUUUGCAUUUUAAGGAUUACCUUGAAACCUUACCUAAAGAAAAGUCUCGUCUGGUAAGUCUAAAAGGUUAAUUUUUGAAUGGUAAUACUUUUUGGUUUAUAUAAAGUAUUAAAAGAUGACUAAUUUACUCCUUUUUCUUUAUCAUUUUAGAAAAUUCAAGCAUUGACCUUUGUUGUUAUUGUUUUUACUUCGAUUCACUUGGCUAGAGAAGUCUUUCAAAUGGUUUCAAAGGUAAAUGCCAACCACAUUUAAUGGUAUUUCAAAGUUCAAUAUUAUUUGAGCAGAAAUGUUGCGCAACUUAGCCCCUGAGUACUACUUUUACUAUCCCAACACGGCCAAUUUACUGCGACCCGCGACCCGUGCCGUUUUGAUUGUAACCAUCAUCGCUUGUAGGCAGUCGGCUGUUGAAACGUCGCUAUCGACGUUAAUAUCAUGAGAUAAAAGAACAACAAAGCUAUGAAACUGAGGACUGUCAAACCUUUACACAGCGGCCGCCGUAACAUCGAAACAACCUUUUAUGGAGACCUUGUCCUAAUGUAGAGGUUAUUUUGAGAGAAAUUUGUCCAGUUUGCACAUUGGACAGCCGUUGCGUAAUGCAUGUAUGGCUAUUUUUGUUGGAAGUUUUAGGCGAGAUAGAGCGGCCGGCGCAAUUGUCUCCGGGAUGGUUGCUGGUGACAUGCCGGUCAGCUAUUGGCCCACGUUUUCCCUACUUCCCUUGUGACCUCCCCAAAAAUCUUUGCGAGAAUUAACUCGGUCCAGUUCCCGUUUCCUUUCUAAAUUGGCGAAUGGAAAGUCAAUGUAUUUACUAGCUUACGCUGUUUUUGUUACUCUUUACAGCGUGCUAAUUACUUCUUUACCUCAUCCAAUUAUUUUGAGUUGGCUGGUUAUAUCACCACGAUGCUGUUUAUCCUGCCUUCUUAUGACUGUAAGACUGGCACGCAGAUUCAGAUUGGCGCUGUUUCCAUGUUUUUUGGAUGGAUGAACCUAAUUCUUUACUUACGAAAGUGAGUAACAGGAAAACUGUAUGAUGGAGUCGCUUACAGUCGUUUAAGGGCCGCCCUUUUAUCCACGUUUUUGUAAUAAUGGUAUGGAUCACUCAAAUUAUCGAGAUUCUUGCAUCCAUGGCCCCAGUUUGCAACAUCCAAGCCACUGAAUUAAUCACUAUCUAGUGGAUAAGUAUUAGGGAAACCAAUUAUUUUAUCCAAGAGUUAGAGAUUUAUCUAGUGGCUAGAGUCAUCCACCAUGUGAACAACUGGGGCCUGGUCCGAGUUGUUAAACCACAAGAACUGGAUAGCUCUAUCCACCUGAUGUAGGUUUCCGAUAGUUAAGCUUAGUGUAAAAAUAAGGAAAUCGCGUUAUCCACUGGACAAAUAUUUAUCUACGGCAUAAUGUUAUCUACCUUAUGAACAAAUGGCGCCUGACUGAUCUAACACAUGAUAUAUGUGGAGCCAUAUGCUGCUAUAUUCAUUUUGCGCGCGGCACUGAAUAAUUAUCACAGAAUGUAUUUAUCUAGAGGUGUAUGUGUAACCACCGUCUCAAAUAUUUGUGCGCAUUGACAGUUUUCUUCACCUUUUUUCUUAGACUUUCAUUUUACGGAUCAUAUGUUAUCAUGCUUGCCACAAUGUUUAAAACGCUGUUAAAGGUGAGGUCUUAUCUUGUCUUGACUUUAAACGUUUUUCCUCAGCCUCUGUACAGUCUUCCGGUCAUUUGCUUAACGGUUUAGAUAGAUUUAUUCAUUAACGUGUGUGACGAAAAUGCGCAUGGUUGACUCUGAUCGUACGGCUAAACACCUCAUAAGACUUCUCUUUUCCUAACAGCCACUCGGCUUAAUUUGCUUGGCUUCAAAUACUACGUGACCAAAAGAAGCGGCGGAAUCUGGGAACGAGAAUGCGCGCAGGCCCAAUUUAUCGUUCUCCAACCUCGUCCCAUUUUUAAGGAAAAGCCCUGGAAACGAGUUAAAUUUGGGCUUUGCUGUGCAAUUACCGUUUUCACCAAAUAAAGAAACCCACAAACUGCACCCUUCUCAACUCCAAUAGUCCUUUUUGCUGAAACUGUGUUAUGAUGCUCCUGCAUCCUUAGUAUCAUUACAUCUUCUUCAGAUUUCAUGCUUUUCUUUGCGACGAAACCAUGCAUAGAGUACAUGGAUGGAGCAGUUUGUUACUAGUGUCUUCCCCUCGUGUGCGCAAUAUCCACAAGACGUCCUCUUUAUACGUCGGAAAAACUGUCUUUUGCAAUCUUUAUUCAUACAGCCUCCUAUAUGAUGCGUUUUUUUAAUUUAUAUUCACAAAAGGUCUUGGUUCUGGUCAUCUUAUUUCUUCUGUCAUUUGGAAUAACUUUUUACAUGCUGAUCGAUGAAAAUGUAAGUAUAUAGUCUUGCACCUUUAGAAUCGAACAGAGUAACUGUUAUAGUAGUUCAAGUUGUCAUGCUGCCAUGGACUUUUGAAUUAAACUUUUUUGAUUAUUGGCAUUAUGACUUACUUGAAUUUAAUUUCUUUUUAGGAAACGUUCAUCUCGCUUCCACAUUGGUUAUUAACAGUCUUUGUCAUGACUUUGGGUGAACUGAACUACGCUGAUAACUUCAUGCCAUGGGAAUAUCCUUUCUCAAGUCUCGUCAACUUUCUUUUUGUUAUCUUUGUUCUUUCAAUGCCCAUUAUUCUCAUGAACAUGCUGGUGAGACGUUAACUUUUAGAUUGCAAAUUCUUGCAAGAGUUUUCUCUUAUCUCUGAAAAAUAAGAAUUCAGCGGAAUAUUUCGGAGAGCUUCGUUUUAGUUAUGUAGCUUUAACAUACCUUUUUCUUGAUGCUGCCGCAUAAAAACAUAAACCCCUUUCCACUUAGAAAAAGUGAUGCGUCAAUGUAUAUCAAUUAGCUGUAUAAUGAAAUGCUCCUCGUGGAAUCAUACCCUGUAUCUAUCCUGUCUUUAAAAUAAUUUGACUUGUGGUUUCCUACCAUUUUUGAAGGACAAUGAUUCAUGCAGUCAGUCCCUCUUCAAAUUUAAAUCUAAUCUCCUUCUCCCGAACUGUUCCAGCUGUAAGUCGUACGAAAAGGGAAUGUAUGUCGAAUAUAAAAAUAAACGCAAAACACUCGAGUGCUAGCAGAUCUAGUCCAAGCCACUUUUCCCCCAUUAAAAAGAGUGGAACUACCUCAAUCUAGAAUUCAGCAGAAAUAUAAAUUAUCAUACAGAGCACACCGAGCACUGCAGAAUUCAAAGUCAAUAACAAAUAUAACAGGAGUAGUAAAUGAAUAUUUCAUAUUUUAGUUAUUUACCGGUAAGGUAUGGUUAUUAUCUUUUACAGGUUGGUCUUGCUGUUGGUGAUAUUGACAAUAUUCAGAAGAAUGCUACAAUGGACAGAUACGUCACACAGGUAAAUUUUGCCGUUCUACAUCAAUGAUGUACGAUUACGAUUGUAAAUUGUAAGGGAAAAUGGAAAGGGAAGACGUCAUUUCUCUUUUUCAGUUCCACGAAUUGCUCCUCGUUUCCUGCCUUGGUAGGGAACGGUCGCCGAAUCCGAGAUAGUCUUGGAUUCUGGAUUCCCCGCUCGGGAUUACUCACGUAUUACUCCUCGUAUUACCCACGUUUUACCCACGGAUGAUCUUGGAUUCUGGAUUCCUCACUCUGGAUUCCGGACUGCAGGGACUGGAUUCCAGAUUCUAUGUCUGGGGACCUUGGAUUCCGGAUUACAAUCGUUAGUGUAAUCCGGAUUUCUUGACCUGUAUUCCGGAUUCCAAAGCCCGGGAUUCCAGAUUUCACAAACAAAUUUCCUAUAUUCUGGAAUCGGGAUUCCCGAUUCCCUUUCAUGGGGCGAGCAUGGAAAGAAAAUGAUAAGAAAGGAGAAGAGGAAUGCCUUGUGGAAUGAUCAGAACUUUUUCCAUUAGACCAACAUUUGCGGUUUGCGUUUAGCCACUUGACUGUAAGAGAAAGGCAGCGGAAAUUGGGAAAGAACUGUCUCGAAAAUGAUCAGAUGUUGUCCGCUCGAACAAUUUUUCCCAUUUCCGUUUAUAUAUUUCACAAAUUCCGUGUGACUUUCAUUUUUUGUUUUAAGGCAUCAGAUAAAUGACAUCUUAAACGCCCUUUAGCUUGGACACAUAUAUGCGGUUUUCUUCAGGUUUGUUUGAGUUCGCGCGACCCUUUUUUGAGCGCCAACGAAAAUGAUAACCAUUUCUUGUUUGAAAUUAGAUCCAGUUGCUCCUGCAGACUGAGGAACAGCUCCCUCGAUGGCUUCGAAGACUGGUCCAAUUCGAGAAGCAUGUGGACUUCCCAAACAAAAAAGCACCAUUAAAGACGCGGGUAAAGAGAACGAACUAGUACUAAUCGAAGGUUGCGGAACGCGGGCGAUAACACUCGAAGGUUCAAACGCUUUUGCUGACCAACAAUGUGUUUUGCGUAAAUUUCGUGCAUGUGAUAGAUGUCCAAUAGCCGCGCGUUAUUAGAUUGUGAGUGCUGGAAUUUCUAAAUGCGGGUGAUCAGAUUACGUCAUGUGCAAGUGGAAGUACGAGGCUGCAUAUCUGCUGUGCAUGUGUAAUAGCAACCUGGAGAUUAGGAUUGCGGUCUCCUUUUGUCGACCGCAGUAAAUAAAAGAAUAAACAGAGGCCAGGCAUGCGAACUUGUGAAUGUAAGAAAACAAGGAGAGGGAAAAAAAUCACAAUAAGGAAACAAGAGCAAUUCAAUUCUUCCUUAAAAGGCCAUCAAAUGAAAGGUCGUAUAGGGACCCGGCCUCCCCUAGUUACCUCUUGGCCGGUUCAAUUCACUAGCCUGCUUCAGCUUGGUCUUCAGACUCAAAAAAGAUUGGCCACGACAAGGCAAGACAAUUUAGCCUACGCUGUGCUUAUUCGGUGUAUAAAAUCCCUGACAUAGUCCUCUGAUUUUGGCCGUCAAAGACUAUUAUAAUUAAAUAUAGUUUAUUUUAUUAAUAGUUUAACCAGCAAUCAAUUGCAAAGCCUUGAUUGGUGCUUUCUCUAAUACCGUAUGUGUUCUUUUACUUUAUGAUCAUUUUGUCGCAUUUAGCUGUAUGAUACCAUUUGUGGGUUUGGACAUCCGGGAGAUGACAGUGAGGAACAGGAAGUGGAAUCAGAGUCUCUGGCGGAAGUUAUAGAGAUCAAGAAUAAACUGGAGGAACAGGACGCCAAGUAAGCCAAUAAUAAGCUAAGUUCAAUCAAAUGGGAUAUAUUUCGGCAAACAAAGUAAUUAAUAAACCCCUUACCCCAACCAUUACCUCCAUCUCCAACCAAGCUGGCUCGUUUAUGGCAUGGUUUCUUACAGGUUGUUUGGAAUAGAACCUUUUCACUCUCGAGGCCAACAGCUACGCAAAUUUAGGAUCAAUCGAGGCUUCUGGGAAACUGCCCACCUACCCCUCCCCUAAGCGAACAUUAACACUUACUUCUAACUCAAGGAAUAAUGUUAGCUUAAGGGAGGGGUAGGUGGGGAGUUUCUCAGAAACCUAAAUUUAUUUCACUUUCAUUAUUUUGGGACACCAAUAUGGCGGUAGUGACGUCAUGUGAAAACGUUCUAUAGCGAUACAACAUUGUUAAGGGGACUGAGCAGAAGAGAGAAGCUAGGCUAGCCAAAUAUGAAAUGUCACUGAGGGCAGAGUGUGUCAAGUAAUUUUGUUGGUUUAGGAGUUUAGGGAAGGGAAGGCUUUCUCUUUUUUUUUUUCGAAGUGGGUAUCAACAGAAAAGGUGAAAAACACGGUCGAGAGCAAAGUAUAUGACAACGGACUCGAGGCGACAAUAUUGACCAAAACAUGUAUAUAAAUAGUCAUCGUAUUUGUUUUGGAUGUUGCAUCAAAUUUCCAUACAGAACACAUUAGACUAAAUUAAUAUCAUUCGUGAAAGUGAUACCGAGAGAAGAUCGGUCAACGGUUCGAAACGGUAAUCCAGUUGCCUGAUCUUUUCACAAAGACCAUUUUGAAUCCCUCAUGAAGUGUAAUCUUAAAGGCGCUGAGUCAGCACACUGUGUUAAUUACAAUAUUAACGUUUGCUUUCGAAAGUCUCAUUAAACAAUUCUGACAAUUGGACAGUACAAAAUGCAGACUGUAGACUGACUGCAGACCAUUGCUUUCAGGGUAGGGAAUAUUGUCGUCACGUUCUCAUUUGCAUGGUGAAAACAAUGGUCUGCAGCAGUCUGCAGUCCACAUUUUGUACUGACCGAUUAAACAAUGAACUUGACCGAACUUGAUAUCGUACCAAAUAGAAAGUUCCUGUCGUAGAAUUAAUGAACAAUUUGGAUAAGAUUUAUACCUUCACUAGUGCCAGAUUUUUCAAUGAUACUUCACUGCCCUGUGUUUUCAAGCAAGAGUAUUUUCCCUGAAUAGAAAUAAUAACACGUGCUAAGUUCAUACAACUCGUAAGCAAUCUUUAGCACAGAAGACAGUGUUCCUGAAUAAGACAUACAGUAGUGGUGAACUAGUUACCUUGGUUGACGAAAAAAGACCAUUUCCUGGCAGGUGCUAAAGUAGAAUCAUUGAUUCAAGACCAUCAGGCUUCUUUCUGUCAUUUUGGUUCCAUAAUUUGCAAUCUCACUCACAAUGAAUUCAUUCUGCACAAAAUUCCCUACUCAGAAAUUAUCACACAACAUGUAAAAAUAUUUGUAGUGAAAGAAUUUUCCUAAUAACCAAUGAAUGGCUAGAAUGAAUACUUUCUCAUUAUACAGUCAUUAUACAGUAACACAGCUUUUGUUUGAAAAACAAUAGAGAUGGGAGGUAGUUACAAAUAAUUCAUGGUGGCAGGGACGUCUGCACUUUCUAGAAGUUAAUAAAAAAAACAACUUGAGAAACAACGAACAUAACCCGACAACAAAUCAUGGAGAGGUAGAAGGUAGUCACAAAUAACUAAUGAUAGCCGAGACUUAUGAAAGUCAUCUCAAAUAAUGAAAACCGAAGUUAUUUUGUUAAAAUAGUAAAAAAAGAACAAAAAAUAAUUUUGUUCAAAUAAUAGGCUGACAAACAAACAAACUAGAAUACAAAAAAUUUCUAUCCGUCGGUUUUGCAUAGGUGUUGAAGUUUGGAUUAAUAUGAAGUAAUUAUUUAGAAUUAAUGGUUUGAAGGAAAAUAGCUGUUGGCAUUAAAACGAUGGUAGAACACCUCUCCUACCAGAGAUAUGGAACUGAUUUCGUGUUGAAACAACAAAAGACAGCAAUAGAUGUAAAAUACUGAUCGUACACUUCGCAAUAAUUAAUAAAUAGUAAGUGCGCAGUGGACGAUGGGAAGGGAGAAAAGGCUCUCUUUCCUCUUCCCAUCCUCACUCGCAGGCUUGCUUUUUUCCCUCUCCCCAGCCUUCCUCCGACACAAAGUGGCCUCUGCGGAGGAAAGAGAUCAUUCACCAAAUAAACUUUUUUGUCGAUUCUUCUCCUUAGGAUCAAUGAGAUAUGCAGCAUCCUACGAAAGCAGACAGAAAUGUUAAAUAACAUUGCCCAGGAUUCCAAACGAGAAAGAGAGGAAAAUGAGCAAGCGCGAAAGAGAGAUUCUGAGAAAAGGUUUACUUUAAGGCCAUUUUAA